AUGGCGGGACCGGCAGCGAACCUCCACGACCCGAACGUCACGUUCGAAGAGUAUCUCUACUGGGCCGCCAUCACACGGGCCGAGGAGAAGCUGGCCAACGAGCGGUAUCUGCAGGUUCAGGGCCCGACGACAUGGAAGAGCGUCAUAAAGGAUAGGUUCCGUAAGGGCGACGAGCACGAGGAGAGGUUCCAAGGCGGGAACGGAGGCGUCAGUGGUGUUGCCGGCGCCGCGGGCAACGGCGAGAAGAGCGACGACGGGAGCGACAAGGUGUUGCAGCAGCCUGCGUCGGACGGACACGACGGGGCGGCAGCAGCAGCAGCAGCAGCAGCAGCCGUUACGCCUGAGGAGUGGAAGAGGGCAAGUCGGGCGAUGAGGACCGCGAGCUGGGGCGCCAUCUUCUACCUGAUUACGACAGACAUCCUAGGACCGUUUUCAACGCCCUCCGGCUGGAUCCUCUACCAGUCCUUCCUCGGCCUCGACUCGGACCGGUACCCGCUCCGGGGCUACGGCGACCUGUACUUCCGCGUCUUCGGCGCGCGGGCGCGACACGCCGUCAACCUCGCCCAGGGCCUGCAGCUGCUGCUCUUCGUCGGCGUGCUGAUCCUUGGCAACGGGCAGUCCAUCGCCCAGAUCUCCCGGGGUCCAGACGGCGGCGCGGGCGUCUGCUUCGUCGCGUGCCUAGUCAUUUUCACGGCUGCCGGCUUCGUGCUCGGCCAGGUGCGCACGCUGCAGCGCUUCUCGUGGAUCGCGAACCUGGCCGUCUGGGCGAACCUGCUGAUCAUCUUCAUCUGCAUGGGCGUCGUGGCGCAUUCGCCGCCCAACUUCGCCGCGACCAGAGCCUCCUUCGGCGACGCCUUCGGUCCCGGGCCCGUCCUGACGUACGCCGGCACGCCGCCCCCCGGUAAGGCGUCCGGAGGGUCCGGGUUCUUGGGGUCGAUGAACGGGCUCAAUCAGGCCGUCUACUCGUACGGCGGGUGCCUCAUCUUCGCGGCCUUCAUGGCCGAGAUGCGGCACCCGAUGGACUUUUGGAAGGCGCUGCUGUGCGGCGAGGCCUUCAUCUACGCCUGCUACCUCGUCUUCGGACUGUACGUCUACUCGUUCCAGGGCCAGUACGCCUUCAACCCGGUCACGCAGAGCCUAUCGCCGUACUGGUGGCAGACGGCGACCAACGUCCUCGGGCUCGCCACGGGGCUGGUCGCGGCGGGCCUGUACGGGAACAUUGGCAUGAAGGUGCUCUACGUCGAGCUGCUUCAAGGCGUCUUCGGGGCUCCGCCGUUGACGGAGGCGGCGGGUAAGUUGCUGUGGGCGGCGGCGGUGCCGGCGUAUUGGGCGCUCGCCUUCGUCGUCGGCGCCGCCGUGCCGCAGUUCUCGCUGGUGUCGGGCUUCAUCGGCGCACUCUUCAUCCUGAGCUUCACCUACACCCUGCCGGCGCUGCUCGGGCUUGGGUUCUGGGUCCGCAGGGACGCCAUGGUGCCCGAGGAGGAAGGGUUCGACCCGGUGACGGGGCGGUACGCGUACGUCGACGGCGGGUUCCGGCGGUACUGGAGGGGGUUCCUGAGGCGGCCCGUCUUCAACACGUGGAACUUUGUGUACAUGCUCGGCGGGCUCGUGACGACGGCGCUGGGCAUGUACUCGUCGAUUGAGGGCUUGGUGGAGGCGUUCGACGGCAAGUCUCGGGCCACGAGCUUUGGGUGUGCGAGCCCGGUGUAA